GGGUCCUCGGGAGUGGGAGGGUCCGGCGCGCAGCUGCGGGGCGCGGCCCUGGGUUUUCAGUCCGCGGGCAGGCAGGUGACGGGCGCGGGGUCGCCGUACUGCCCCCCGUGCGUCCGAUUCGGGGGCCUGAUGGUGCCGGAAGGUCGGAGGCUAAGAGGCUGGAAACCUGGCAGGCGUCCAGCACAUCAUCCUCGUCCUCUCAGGAAAGGGGGGGGUCGGGAAAAGCACCAUCUCCACGGAGCUGGCCUUGGCCCUGCGCCACGCAGGCAAGAAGGUGGGGAUCCUCGACGUGGAUCUGUGUGGUCCCAGCAUCCCCCGCAUGCUUCGGGCACAGGGCAGGGCCGUGCACCAGUGUGACGGCGGCUGGGUGCCCGUCUAUGUGGACCAGGAGCAGAGCAUCUGCCUCAUGUCCGUGGGCUUUCUGCUGGAGAACCCCGACGAGGCCGUGGUGUGGAGGGGGCCCAAGAAGAAUGCGCUGAUAAAGCAGUUCGUGUCGGACGUGGCCUGGGGGCAGCUGGACUACCUGGUUGUGGACACGCCACCGGGGACGUCUGAUGAGCACAUGGCCACCGUGGACGCCCUGCGUCCCUACGGUCCCCUGGGGGCCCUCGUGGUCACCACACCCCAGGCGGUGUCCGUGGGGGACGUGAGGCGGGAGCUGACCUUCUGUAGGAAAACGGGGCUGCGGGUGCUCGGGGUGGUGGAGAACAUGAGCGGUUUUGUCUGCCCACACUGCGCGGAGUGCACCAGCGUCUUCUCCCGGGGAGGCGGGGAGGAGCUGGCCAGUCACGCCGGAGUCCCCUUCCUGGGCUCUGUGCCCCUGGACCCAGAGCUCACUAAGAGCCUAGAGGAGGGUCGAGACUUCAUCCGGGAAUUUCCUGAGAGCCCAGCCUUCCCUGCGCUCCUGUCUAUAGCCCAGAAAGUUCUGACCGGGGCGCCUGCUCGCGUCCCCUGAUCGAACCCCCCCCCCCACCCGGCCCAGCCCCCCCACCACGGGCCUCCUGGUUGAGUAUAUGCAGACCCAAGCAGAAGGGUGUGGGGCCAGCGUUCCCUCCCUCAGCCCUGUCCCUGGAGCCAGUUCCGGUGCUCCCGUAGCAUCUGGACAGCAGAGCGGCUGACAGUGAGUGGUUCCCCCAGGUUGGCCCGUGGCAGGGCCCAGGGGGACGUGUGGGGUCCCGGUGGCCUGAGCUCUCCCUGGCUGGCACAUUCCCACUUGGUCUCACGGUGCUCAAACGGCAGCCAUCUCCCCCUGGGCCCCAAAGCCCAUGUGCCUGGAAAAUCGUUGGGGCCUCUGCUGUCCUCGGGACUCCUGUGACAGAAGGGGGGUGGUGACAGAAGAGAGCGUGUCGUGAGGUGUUAAGCUUGUCACUUCAAAGGAACCCACAAUUAAAUGUUCUCCCCCCCACCCCUCA